AUGGCAAAUUGGCUCACUUUCUCCAUCAUUAGUCGAAUCACUAGCACUAGCCCACCAAAUGUGUUGAGAGGAAGUGAUAAAUUUGUGUGGAAACCAUUAACAGAUGGUUUUUUUAACAUUAAAUCUGCUUAUGACUUUCUCCUUGCAGGGAACAACAUAGUCCACUCAGCACAACUCAGAGAACGAAGGGGCAUAACUAGCUUAAGUGCUUGUCCAAUGGGAUGCAUCGAAGAAGAGUCAACUAUGCACAUAGUUAGAGAUUGCAAAAUUGCAAGAGAUGUAUGGAGACAAAUUAUAAAACCUGAAUAUUGGAGCGAUUUUUUGCAAAAACAUUGUCUGGAAUGGAUUAGAUGGAAUAACACAAAUGACCCUGGCAUUGAGUCUAUAAAAAAGAUGUACAAAUUUAUUUGGAAUGAAAAGCCUAAAUUGCAUAUUGACACUAACAAGUGCAUCAUGAAAGCCAUGACUGAUAUCAGUCUCACUAGGAGAGUUAACAUGGGAAAAAACUCCCACAAGCCAAAUGAUAAAUGGCACCCCCUUGAAAAGGGCUUUGUAAGAUUGGAUGUUGAUGGGUCAGUGUAUGCUAAUGGUCUUGCUACAUGUGGAGGAGCUUUGAUAUAUGAGAAUGGAAGAUGGAUCACAAGUUUUUGUGGUAAACUAGGGCAACUUCCACCGGUAUUAGCUGAAAUUAUAGGUAUCAUUAUGGGACUUGAAAUUUGUUGGUCAGCAGGGCUAUUGAAAAUAGAAGUCUGCACUGAUUGUGUUGAAGCCAUUAAUCUCCUAACUAAAGGAUUUAAUGAGGAUCACCCUUUUCAGGACAUCCUAUCUUAUGCUACUAAUGUGUUAAAUAGGAAUUGGUCUAUUUCCAUCAAUUUUGGUUUUAGGAUUGUUAUUACUAUUGCUCUCAAUCUAGCUAGGAGAGCUCACUCUGAGGAGGAUUGCUUUCGCAUCUUUGAUCAUCCACUACCUUAG